AUUUGAAACUGUGUACUGCUUGCUCUUCUUCUUCUUUUUCUUGGUGAAGUGAAUGAAAUACAAGUAUUUUAGAAGUGUUUUCUUAGAGAUUGUUCAGAGAUAAUGUGUUCUUUAAGAUGUUGGUUUCUAUGCAAAAUGACUUGAAAGGAAAGAGUUUUGCCUUCAUACUCAAUUAUGUGAGUAGAUGAAUGAUGGAUUUUUCACCGACUGCAAAGCGAGUGUUUGAUAGAAUUCAGAAACUAGAACCAGAAGAUGGUAGAAAGAUAAUAGGUUGGUUUCUUCUAGGAGACCUUGAUGAGCAAGAUUUAGUAAGAUUGGCUGAGGCUCCAGAGCAUUUGAUUCACCAAGUCAUACACAAAGCCAAAACUGAACUUCAAUCUUUACCAACUAGAUUAGUCUCAUCCCCAGUCUCACCUCCCACGAACCCAACUCCUGUUUUUACUCCAUUCGCGCCUGUUUCUUCAAGGCCUUACUCAUCCCCUGCAACUUUUCGGCCUUCUUCUGCAUAUUGGGAGCCCCAAAUUGUUACCAAGAACAGUUCGGAUUUUUUACCGGCGGGUUUCUCAGAUUCUUCCUUGGAACUUCAAAACCAGACUCAGUUCUCAACUUUAGAGGACCAAAUGGAACCUUUGAAUUCAGGAAUUUCUGGAUUCUCUAGUGAUUACUACUACCCAGAUGCUUCAGCAAUGGGGAACUUGAAUGCUAGAGCAAGUAGAAGAUUUUCAAGCCUCUCUGAGUUUCCUGUUAAGACUUGUCACUAUUUCAAUAAAGGGUUUUGUAAACAUGGAAGCAGCUGCAGAUAUUUCCAUGGACAAGUGGUUCCUGAGAGCUUUUCUCAGGUUUAUGGAAAUGAUGGUAUCAAUGAUGAACAUCUUUUCUUGCCUGGUUCACUUGAGAAGUUGGAGAUAGAGAUCAUUGAGCUUCUGAAAUCAAGGAGAGGAAAUCCUGUUUCAAUUGCUUCCCUGCCAGCAAUGUAUUAUGAGAAGUAUGGAAGAAGUCUUCAGGCACAAGGCUACCUCACCGAGAGCCAGAGACAUGGAAAAGCUGGUUAUAGCCUAACAAAACUUCUUGCUCGAUUGAAAAACAGUAUCCGGAUGAUUGACAGGCCUCAUGGACAGCAUGCAGUGAUAUUAGCAGAAGAUGCUCCAAAAUACAUGGAAAGUAGGAAUGAAAAAAGUGAUCCAGGUCCAAUUGUUAGCGGCUCUCGACAGAUAUAUCUAACAUUUCCAGCUGAGAGCACUUUUACUGAAGAUGAUGUUUCCAACUACUUCAACACCUUUGGGCCUGUUGAAGAUGUAAGGAUUCCUUGCCAGCAGAAGAGGAUGUUUGGAUUUGUAACCUUUGUCAGUGCAGAUACUGUAAAAAUGAUAUUGGCAAAGGGAAAUCCUCAUUUCGUUUGUGGAGCUCGUGUUCUUGUGAAACCUUACAGGGAAAAAUCAAAGCUUGUUGAUAGAAAGUACCCGGAUAGAAUUGAGAAUCCUCAGUAUUAUUCUCCACACUAUUCUGACAUCGAGACUGAUCUUCAUUCAAUGUCAAGAUGUUAUGAGAGCUCUAGAAUGUUGGUAAGGAAGCAGCUUAUGGAAGAUCCUCAACAUGCUCUUGAACUCGAGAGGAGGAGGUUAGCUGAGCUGCAGCUUACGCGAAAGCCUGUGAACAAUCAGCCCUAUCUCGGCUACUCCAUGGAUGGGCUUAAAAUGUCAGAAGAUCAUUUUAUUCUCCAGUCUGCUGAGGAGUUCGAUCGUUUGCUGAACGUUUUAAAUAGUGGCUCCACAAGUGAUGAUAACCACAAGCAUACAGACAUGAAUUACACUGACCAAGACAGUCAAGGACUUAAUCUCCCGGAUAGCCCAUUUGCAUCUUCUAUAGCUAGCGGCAUCUCAACAGUUAUAUAGGGUCCAGAAACCAUACAGAAGAAUUAUAGAGUUAGAGUACCGGUUCAAAGGCAACAUAUUUGGUUUGACACAAUGACAAUUACCUUUCUUUCCCUUUAUCAAUCAAAGUUUCCUGCAAGUACAUACUGGCUAAACAAGAAAAGUCUGAUGUAUUUUCCUCCCCGUUAGUCGGGUCGAUGGACGUAGUAAAGAAGAAUAUGAAUACAUAAAGAAAGACAAGUAUAUGUAAGAAAGAUUUACAGUUUCUAAUGUUAAUCACAGAAAAGAAAGACUUAAAGAGGUCUGAAUCUUUAGAAAGAUGCUGAUGUAGCAGAGACUUUUAGUGAUAUAAAUAUAUAUAUUAUAUAUUUAUAUAAAUAUAUUAUAAUAUAUAAUAUGCAGUGUCCAGAUAAGGUUUAAAUAAUGUUUAAACUCUCUGUAACACUUGAGCAUUAGAUGGAAAUAACUUCUGCAAAAAUGGUUUACUAGCACAGAGCUUAUACCAGUUCAUCAAGUAUGAACUUUUAUAUUAUUGAAUUCCACUCUUA